GGAUAUGUUCGCAAUUGACAGUAAGGGUGGAACGUCAGGGUUGUAGGGGAGCCGAUCCCCUUACAGAAAAUGGGCUUAUUCGCCCUGUCAACGAAAAGAAUAACUUGAAACUCACACCUACUCCCUGGACUAUGUUUUACUGAAUUUAUGUAUGGUCUUGUUAUCUGAAGUUAAAGACGUGGGAGAUGGUGGUGUUGUCGAGAGCGAGAUCUCCCCUCCUGUUGUCCAGGACAAGAUGGCAGCGGUGCAGGCACAUUUUACAUGGUAUGGGAACAUUAUAAGUCCAUAACAUGUUCGGAGAAACCCUGGAUUCUACCAUUUGUUACUCUAUAUGAAGGUAUGGCCUCACAAGUCUUGGUCUACCCACCACAUGUUUAUCAAACCCAGACAAGUGCCUUUUGCAGUGUGAAGAAACUUAAAGUUGAGCCCAGCAACUGUGUUUACCAUGAGAGGGCCUACCCACGGACAUAUUUGAAUGGUAGAAACCUUGGCAUCGCGCACCCAACAAAGCUAGCUCCCUCUCUUCGGACACGAGACUCUGCGGGAAGCAGAACCCGCUGUGGACAGGACUUUUCGUUACAGACAGUUGCUGUGAGAGGUGUGCAGCGUCAGCCACCACCCGCAGCACCACAGCCCCAAGUAGGGGUUGUCCCCUCACAGGGUAAGGGGCAAGAGCUACAGGACAAAGGCAGGGGGAGCAGCGGUGGAGCUACAGGGGCAACCAGAGGGGGCAGGGGAGAGGGAAGUGGCAGUAGAGGAGGAGGAGGAGAGGGAGAAGGUGGUAAAAGCGAAGGAGCGAGUGGAGAGGACGAAGGGGACAAGGAAGAUUGUGGAGGUUUGAACUCGGCCGAUAGCUCUCAGCGAUGCGGCCUGAAACGUAAGAGCGAGGAGCUUGAGAACCUGGGGAGCGCCAUGCAGAUAGUGGAGGACCUGUCUAUGUUGCCUGCAAUGUUGCAAACCAAUGUGGGGAACCCGCCGGUCGCUGUGCCAGCAACGGUGGGAGGAGGACCCUCAAAACAAGGAGGAGGGGUAGGGGGUGCUGACGGGGACUAUCAAUUAGUGCAGCAUGAGGUGCUGUGUUCCAUGAAGAAUACCUAUGAGGUACUGGACUUCCUGGGUCGUGGCACCUUUGGCCAGGUAGUUAAGUGCUGGAAACGAGGCACGAGUGAGGUUGUGGCGGUGAAGAUCUUAAAGAACCACCCAUCGUAUGCACGGCAGGGCCAGAUUGAGGUGGGCAUCCUAGCCCGUUUGAGUGGAGAGAACGCGGAUGAGCACAACUUGGUGCGGGCUUUUGAGUGCUUCCAGCACCGCAGCCACACCUGCUUGGUGUUUGAGAUGCUGGAACAGAAUCUGUAUGAUUUCCUCAAGCAAAACAAGUUCAGUCCGCUGCCGCUGAAAGUGAUACGACCCAUUUUGCAGCAGGUUGCCACUGCUCUGAAGAAGCUUAAGGCCAUGGGUUUGAUUCAUGCUGAUUUGAAGCCUGAAAACAUCAUGCUGGUGGACCCUGUUAGGCAGCCCUACCGGGUCAAAGUUAUAGACUUUGGUUCAGCCAGCCAUGUCUCCAAAGCGGUGUGCUCUACAUAUCUCCAGUCACGGUACUACAGGGCUCCAGAGAUCAUUUUGGGGCUGCCGUUUUGUGAAGCUAUAGACAUGUGGUCACUGGGCUGUGUGAUAGCUGAGCUCUUCCUGGGCUGGCCCCUCUACCCUGGGGCGCUGGAGUACGAUCAGAUUCGCUACAUUUCUCAGACGCAGGGGUUACCAGGAGAGCAUUUGUUGAAUGUGGGGACAAAGACGUCUCGGUUCUUUUGUCGGGAGUCGGAUUCCCCUUACGCGGCAUGGAGAUUAAAAUCCACAGAGGAACAUGAAACUGAGACAGGGAUGAAAUCAAAAGAAGCCAGAAAGUACAUUUUCAGCUGUUUGGAUGACAUAGCGCAUGUGAAUUUAGUGAUGAAUCUUGAAGGCAGUGAUUUGUUGGCGGAGAAGGUGGAUCGUGGAGAGUUUGUGAGCCUGCUGAAGAAGAUGUUGUUGAUCGAUGCAGAGAAGAGGAUUGCCCCUAGUGAAGCACUCAGUCAUCCCUUUGUCACAAUGCAACAUCUGUUGGACUUCCCCCACAGUAACCAUGUGAAAUCAUGUUUCCACAUCAUGGAUGUGUGCCGGUCACGCCCAGGUACAUAUGAUUCGGUCAACCGCAACAAAGCCCCCUUCAUCAGACCAGUGACCACAACUGCAGCACCAAACCUGACCAUGCCCUUCAGCAAGAUGGCUGGAGUACAUACCCAGGCUCUGCCACCAUCUGCUCCUUCAGUAAUGCACGCUGGCAUACCCUUGCAGACAGGAGGUGGCCAGUUUGGUGAUUCUUUCCAGCAAGCAUUGAUCCUCUGUCCCCCAACCAUUCAAGGUAUCCCCAGCAAUCCAAACAAGCCAGCAGGUUACUCUGUGCGAAUGGAGAGCACAGUGCCACUGGUCACCCAGGCCCCUGCCAUCCAGCCCUUACAGAUCAGGCCAGGCGUCAUUACCCAGCAGGCUUGGUCCAACCGAGCCCAACAGAUUCUGGUUCCUGCCUGGCAACAGGUGACCCCAGUGGCACCCCCUACAACCACACUAGCCUCUGAUACUGUGGCAGGCCCACAGAGAUUGGCAGACUGGGGGAAAGUUCGUCCCCAUGGAAACCAUUUCAGCUCAAUGAUGCCUCACCCCCAACCACUCCUAACCAAUCAAAUGACCAUGUCAGCCCAUCAACCAAUCAGCAUUGGCAUUGCUCAUGUGGUGUGGCCUCAGCCAGCUGCUAAUAAGAGAAAUAAACCCUCUAUGACCAGGGGUAACAUCUUCUCACAUAACAUCAACACCCAAAAUUCAGCAUGCCAAUCUCCAAAGACGGCUGAUGCCACCAAAAACAUUGCAGAAGAAGAGGAGGAAGAUCAUUGCCUGGAGUCAGAGCAAGUAGUAGAAGGGGAGUCAGUGGUGGGGCCGGAAGAAGAGGCUGUUUGCUGUAAGGAGGAGCCAGAUUCUGAAGAGUUGUCUGUCACUCAAAUGCAGCGAAAAAGCAUUGUGAUUGCCAACUCACCGAGCCCUGCUGUGAGCGUCAUCAGUAUCAGCAGUGACACAGAUGAGGAGGAGAGUGCACAGAGGCACUCGUUGGGGGAGUGUAAAGGCAGUCCUGAGUGUGAGGCUUGUCAGAGCACACUGAAUAUGGAACGUGUGUGUUCCCUCAGUAGCCCAGACUCUACACUCAGUACCAGCUCAUCUGCCUCUGUGCAGUCAAGUGCCUCUCCGUGCAAGAGACCCAACAGUAUGUCUGACGACGAGCAGGAGAGUGGCUGUGAUACAGUGGAUGGUUCGCCAGCCUCUGACUCCUCAGGCCACACCGAGAGCCCCUUUGUGGAGGGACGAUACAUUGCUGAUAGAAAUGAGAACUGCAAAACCUCCAUAACCACAGAAACAGAGCCCAGCAAGCCGCCCCCACGGACAGUGGUGGUUCCACCCAUGAGAGUGCAAAACAACAAUGUCGCGUCCAAUGAGCAAAUGGCCAGCACAGUCAUAGAGUUGUCAUGCCAGUCAAAAGGACGCAGUGGUCCCAGCAGACAGCCCCACCACUCCACCCCGCUCCUGAAUCGACAACAGAAGAUUACCCCAGCAUUCCAGCCCCAGCAGCAGCCACUCGCCUUUGGACAGGUUCAGCAUUACGGCACUUCCCAGCAGGAAUGGAAUGGAAACUACAGCCACAGGCGGCCCCAGUCUUACAUCCCCCCCACUGUGCAUGGCCACUCCUUUACACUGCCGCACGGCAGCCCCACCCACACAUCUGCCCACCCCCCACAUCUUGGUGUCCACCCCCACCCUCACGCCCAGCCCUCUCUGCUCUCCUACCCCCCUUCAGGGCCUCUGGUCACAGCCGCACCCAUGGCCCACCUGCUGGCCUCUCCUGGGGCCACGCGGAGCCACGUUCUGCAGCCGGCCUACAGUAUUUCCCAUCCGGGCGGCCACAUCGUUCAUCAGGUCGCCGUGGGGCUCAACCCCCGCCUGCUGCCUUCUCCUACUCUGCUCCCGCAGGGUCAGUUCAAGCCCCUCUUCCCCCCGCAUUCUUACAUCGCCUCGCCUGCCUACACAGGCUUCCCCCUCAGCCCCACAAAGCUCAGCCAGUACCCCUACAUCUGAGGCCUGAUCUGUUUUCCGUGGGAGAGAGCAAACCCCUGCACGCUCCUCCCCUCACGCUGGGGCUUGCGCCCAAACAAGGGUCUCUGCUGAAAACACAAACCACAUGGUUUUCAUACCCAAAGCCAUGGCACAAGAGAGAGAGCAAGUGUUUUUUUUAAUUCUGUAAACUUGGGUGCAAUUGAACUUCGAGCUUUAAGAGGAGCUUGGAAGGUUAUAGCAAAUCAUAAAGAAAGAGAACAUGUAAGAAUGAGUGAGUGGAUGAUUAAGAAACUCAAUUUUAAUGUGUUUUGCACAUUUGAUAAAUCUACUCAUCCAAUCUUCUAAUGAGUGCUCAUCAAAACAGGUGAAUAGUGUGGGUGCACUGAAAAAAAAAAUCAUGUCUAGCACCCCUUUUCCCAACCUAUUUUUCUAUUCUGCCUUCAAACUUGUGCAAGAAACAUCAUCAUUUGUAAAGCCACCCCAGUAUCCUGUUCAUGACGGACAGAUGCACAUGUGUCCACUGUGUGGUGUAUCGCGUUGGAGUAUUUGUACUUUUUCUGUGUCCUUGGUGUUUUCAGUGUCGAGUCAGUUUAUACCCAGGUUAUAAAAGGUUGUUCUUCACGCUGCAUGUGUUCUUGCAUGAGCUGAAACAUGUUAACAGAAAGAUGCCUAGGCGUUGCUCUUAAUGUUUGUGUCACGAGACUCGCUGCAUUGUAUCUUGUCCCCAGCCAUAGUGCCUUAAAUAUCCGAGGUUGUUCAUGUUACAACUUAUAUAAAUAUAUAUAUAAAUGUACUGGACUGCAGCACUUGAAAUUCAAAUCAGUCCAUGCAUUCAAUUUGUGUAUAUGUGUAUACACAUGGAUGUAUGUUUUCAUGCAUAGUUAGGCAUGGAUGUAAUGCAUUGCACAGAGGCAAUGUUUAUUUUUGAACUCAGUGUAUAUUGGAGAAGUAGUGAUUAACUUCUUGUCCCUUAAUUGGAGAACGGCAUGCUUUGCUGUAGCGAAUGCUUGCUGUUCUGUUUUAAUGUUUGUUUUUGUUACUCUCCCCGAAUGAACUAGUGUACAAAGAGCAAGCAUUGACUAUUGCUAAAUGUUUGAUAAUCAAUUUCUAUUUAGUAAAAUUCUUAUUACUAACAGUAUUUGUACUGUUUAAUGAAACUGCAAUACAAUCUAAAUAGUUGUUGGUUUUUGUCCUUGUGUACUUAUUUUCUUGUUUAAUUGAGUUAUUGUUUUUAUUUUGCUGGAUGUAUAGAAAUAUGGUGGGCAUGGCUUUGACUAGAUGAAGACAAAAAUGCAAGUAGGUCUUUGAUUCAUGGUAUGAAUUAAUCUUAGCCUGUCAAGACCGUGCAGUAUUUGAUAUAGACACACAAAUAUAUGAAUAUAUAUUAUAGAGCUAGUCUAUUUAGUGCUGAAGCUUGACAAGGUGUGAGUUUAUUGUGUGCAAUCUUCUCAUUUAUGCAUGUGUGAAACAAUUUAACUUUUUUUUCCCUUCAUUUUAUCAUUUGUUCAGAGCUUACUGGUGUUGACUGC